AGAAGGAAAAAAAAGUACAGGCGAUCAUCUUCAACCUGCUCUGCUUACCACAAACCAUAGUUGAAGACAAUCUCAGAUAGAGUAGAGGAAGAGAAACGAGAUAGCCGAAGGAACCUCGUCUGUGGCCUGGGGAUUGUUGAAGACGACCUCUUAAGAGGGGAAAGAGAUUGGGAGAUUCUCUUGAUUUAAUACAACCAUGUCAUGGAACCACUGCUUGUUUGCGACUCUCUUCUUCCUCUCGACAAGCUUGGCUUCUUCGAGCUUCAUUUUUGACAAUGUCUUUGAAUCUGACAGAUCGACCGGUUGGACGGCCCGGACCCUCCUUCAGGCUAAAAAGAGUUGCUCUGUGAAUUUUGAGUUCCUAAACUACACGAUAAUUACGAGCCAGUGCAAAGGACCUCAGUACCCCGCCAAGCAAUGUUGCGGAGCCUUAAAGGAAUUUGCAUGCCCCUAUUCGGUUCAGUUGAAUGACCUCACCACUGAUUGUGCAUCUACGAUGUUCAGCUACAUUAACCUCUAUGGAAAAUACCCACCUGGUUUAUUUUCUAGCGAGUGCCAUGACAGUAAGUUAGGGCUUGUAUGCGAUGCAACAGCACCAGCUGAAAGUGUCAAUGCAAAUGGAGCUUGGAUUGGCCAGACAGUACCACAAUUUUUAGUGCUUUUGGCUGGGUCCUUAGUAGUACUUAUUCAAAUGUUGUGAUAACAUGAUGUGGUUGUCAUCGGUAUUCUCCUGCCCCAAUUGGACAGUUUCUUAUGUUUAGUAGCUUGUUUUUGUUUUUGUUUUUUUUUUUUGUUUUCCGUAUUGUAUUAUUCUGUAUCAAUUCAUUCCUUCCAGUACUGAUUCUUUGAUUAUUGCUCCUUGAUUAUGUAUUUGAUUGUUGCAUUACGAGUUCCAUACAAAUUGAACAUUGAUAUUACUUACAGAGUGAAUCUUUUAACCAAA